UAGACAUGGAGAGCCAAGCCGUGCAGAGUGAAGACAAUGUUUCCGAGAAAAAAGAUACUUGCGCGUUUUUUUUCAAAAAAAGAAAUGCGAAAAAUCGUCAAACGAGGAAGCAGGAAAGUGAUGAUGAUAGUGACAAUGAAACAACUAUUGUAAAAAAGGCAAAGAAAACAAAUUCAAGUCUUUUGUUUCAAAGUACAAACUGUAAAAGAAAGAAAGCACUUGAAAAUGAUGGUAAUAGUGAAAGUGAAGAAGACUCUAUAACAGUUAGCUACAAAAGUAAGAAAACUCCACUACUUGAUGGUCCAAGUGAUCAAGGAGCAACAGCAGUUCUAGAAACAGAAACUGAGCUUGAUAAAGAUGCCCAAGCUAUAUUUGAAAAAGCUCAAAAAAUAAACAAGGAACUUGAAGGAAGGGAAGAUGAUAAAAUUUAUAGAGGUAUGAAUAAUUAUGCUCAGUACUACAAGAAAAGAGAUACUGCAGCUGGAAAUGCAUCCAGUGGUAUGGUUCGUAAAGGUCCAAUAAGAGCACCAACUAAUUUAAGAGCGACUGUACGAUGGGAUUAUCAACCUGAUAUUUGCAAAGAUUACAAGGAAACUGGAUUUUGUGGAUUUGGAGACAGUUGUAAGUUUCUUCAUGACCGAUCUGAUUACAAGUUGGGAUGGCAGUUAGAACGUGAAGGAGCGACUGGCUCUAACGAUCUUAGUGGUGAUGAAGAUGAUAAAAAAUAUGAAAUUGACAGUGAUGAAGAGCGUCUUCCAUUCAAAUGUUUUAUUUGUAGGAAAUCAUUCACAGAUCCUAUUGUCACGAAGUGUAAACAUUAUUUUUGUGAAAAAUGCGCGUUGGAACAAUAUAAAAAAAGUACGCGGUGUUAUAUCUGCAACGUGCAAACAAAUGGAGUAUUUAAUCCAGCAAAAGAAAUUAUUAAAGCAAUGGAAGAAAAAAAAGCUGAAGAUGAAUCGUCUAAUGACGAUGACGAUGAUGACUAAAAAAUAAAAAACUAAAAACAAAAAUUUGUAUUCUUUACAACAGAUGAUUGUAAAUAGCUUUCUGAAAACAUUGACAGAUUAAGUUAUUUGACGUUUAAAACCACUUUCUAUUUAACAAGUUGAGAGCUAAAUGCUUUCGAAAAUAUAAACUAUGUAUUGUUAGAAAUAAAACUACCUAAUAGGAUGAAGAA